AUGGACGAUGGUGAUAAUCAUAAAUCAGGUUUUAUUCUUAAUACCAGUGGAUUUACUCUUAACGACGUUAAAGCCCACCUUUUCGGACUACCCUUGGGGAGCCGCCCCCCCUCAAAAAUCACCCCUCUCAUUGAAGAUGAGAGGGGGUAG